AUGACGUGAACAAAGGAUGAUGUUGCUGUUGAGUCAGAAACAAAAGAGAUCACAGAGCCAAUUGUAGCAAAGACAGUUGAAGAUGUGAAAGGCAAAGCUAAUGAGGCUGAUGCUGAAGCAGAAGAAGAAACAGAAGAAAACACAAAAACAGAAGAUUCAGAAGAAAAUACAAAUGAAAAUGCUAGCUCAGAAGAGACAGAAUCAAAAACAGAAGAAACAACAGCAGAAAAGCGAUUUUUAGCUGAAAGUGAAGAUGCAGAAGAUGAAAGUCCGAAGAAAAAGGCAAAGACAGACUCAAAUGAAUCAUCGAAUAGCACCACAUAAACAACUGAAUCUGCUUAG